AUGUUCGUUUCCAAAAUCAUAGUGAAUAUGAAUCAAGAAAUACUGAUGAAAACGUUCUUGAACAUGGUGCGAACGUACAAGAAGAAAACUGCAAGAGGUAUUAUUCCAAUUGAACAAUAUGAAAGUGCCAUGCAGGCCAUAUUACAAGAAAAAUUGUCAAUUAGAGAUGGUGCAACUCGCUACGGGGUUAAUUUUAUGACGUUACACCGCUAUAUGAAAAGAAAGUUAGCCCUAAACGUUGAAAACAGAAGCAAGUGCUUAGUUGGCUACGCUACGCACAGAAAAAUAUUUAACGAUGCCGAACAACAGGAACUUGCGAAAUAGUAUUCCGCUAAAAUUUAUUACGGUCUUACAACUUCUGAUUUGCGCAAAAUUGCAUUUCAUUUUGCGAUAGCAAACAACAUAUCUGUUCCAGAAAAUUGGAAGGUGAAAGAAAUAGCUUCCAAGGAUUGGUUAUAUGGAUUUCUGAAGAGGCAUCAAACUUUAUCUGUCAGAACACCCGAAGCUACUAGUAUGGGCAGAGCCAAUGCGUUUAAUCGCCAUAAUGUGUCGCAGUUUUUCAAUAAUCUUGGCAAGG